UCACUUGUACUUCACCGGCCGUAAACCCUCACUCUCUUCGACGUCAUUUGUCCAUUUGCGUUUGUACCUUUGUUUUCUUCUUCCUUAACUGGAAAAAUCGAACAGAAAACUUCCAUCUUUGUCCAUUUCUCUCUCUUACGUUCGGUAUCUUGUAAUUUUGUUCCGAACUUAUAUUUUUAUUCUUUUCGAAUCUUGGGAAAUUAUAAUGAUUUUCCAGAAAUGUUUCUGUCUGUUGUUUUGAAAAUUUGCUAUUUACUUUUGCAGACCCAGUUUUAUAACGAUUUUCACGAAAAUUCCCUAUCCGUAGUUUUCAACUUUUUGUAGUUUUGUUUAGCAAAUCAAGUUAGUUUACUUUCUGGGUUUUGAAGGGCAAAAAGAAAAAAAGGUCAGUUCUAUCUCACUUUUUUCUAUCUCUAUCUCUCACACACAUACUCACACUAUAAUGCGUGUGAAUUCGACUGUGAACAUAGAAUUUGGCGAAGUAAAGAAGCUAUGGUGAGAAAACACGGGUGGCAACUACCAGCUCACACCUAUCAGGUUAUUGCUAUCACUGUGUUUUGCAUUUUAGUGGUUGCAUUUUAUGCUUUCUUUGCUCCUUUCCUUGGAGGCGAGAUCUGGGAGUAUGCUCUCAUUGCUGCCUAUUCUCCAGUGGCACUCCUCGUUUUCAUUCUUUAUGUUCGGUGUACUGCUAUUAACCCAGCAGAUCCUGGUAUCAUGUCGAAAUUUGAUCCUGAGCUAACACAGAAAGCUAGGGAAAAGCACGGAUCGCUUGCACAGGGUCUGCCUAUAAAAUUUGAUGAAAUGAGUAAUGGGACUCAUUCACCUUCAUCCUCGGCUUCAAGAAGCUCUAGAGCAGGAGCUAACUCGAGUAAGAACGGUUCGGUUGAGUCUGUGAGAACCGCUAGUCAAGUUAUAUCUCCAAGGAGGAAGUCAUCUUGCCAUAAUUUUGGAGGAAUAUUCUGUACAAGACCAAUGAAAAAUAAUUACAUCGAACAAUCCCACCCAUUGGAGAAAAUGCUGCUUUCUUACCUUUUCUACAGCAGUUUUGUUCUACUUCAGGGGAUGUUUAAUACUGUGUUCAUAACAGAACUUUUUUAUUGCAUUAAGCUCAUCUUUAAAGUUGCAAAAAAGGAGCUGACCUUCAAAAUCUAUACUAAAUGUGUUUCUCUCACUGAGAAAGUGUCCAGCCUUGGAAAUAUGCAUGCUCGGUCGAUAUUCACUUAUCAAUUAUGUAAGAGAGAGACAGUUAGUGACAGUCACUUAUUGGUCAAGGUUGGUAAGUUCAGUAAACAUUGUAGAAGUUGCGACAAAUGUGUGGAUGGAUUCGAUCACCAUUGUCGGUGGCUGAACAACUGUGUUGGGCGAAAAAACUAUGUAACAUUUAUAUCACUAAUGGCCAUCAGUCUUGUAUGGCUUGUUAUUGAAGCUGGAGUUGGAAUUGCAGUUGUAGUUCGUUGCUUCGUUAAUAAGAAGAGCAUGGAGACUGAAAUAGUUGAUAGACUAGGAAAUGGUUUCUCUAGGUCUCCAUUUGCAGCUGUUGUGAUCGUAUGUACAGCAGUGUCUUUGUUGGCUUGCAUGCCCUUGGCUGAACUUUUCUUUUUCCACAUGAUACUAAUUAGAAAGGGAAUUACAACUUAUGAAUAUGUUGUGGCAAUGAGGGCCAUGAGCGAGGCACCUGCUGGUGCUUCUAUGGAUUUGGAACUCCCUAAUAUAAUAUAUUCUCCGUCUGGGUCUGCUACUACUGGCUUCAGUGGUGGAAGUUCAAUGGGCCUGCAGUAUAAAGGAGCAUGGUGCACCCCUCCUAGGGUGUUUGUUGAUUAUCAGGAAGAAGUUGCACCUCAGCUGGGACCUGGAAUGGUACGGUCAACAGUUGAUCCAGAUGCUGCUGGAUUUGGUGAGAAGGGAAAUAAAGCACUGAAAAGACAGGUUCGUAGAAGUGCAUGGAAACUUGCAAAACUAGAUUCCAAUGAAGCUAUAAAAGCAGCUGCAAAAGCGAGGGCAUCGUCCUCUGUAUUGCGUCCUGUUGAUAACAAACGCUUACCAGAUUCUGAAUUAAGUUCCAGCGAGAAUGCGAGUGUUAGAAGCAGUGUAAGCACCGAAAUUGGAGGAAACAAAAAUUUCAGAAACGAUUUGAAACUCUCUCCUCCGCGAAAUUUUCAUGCCCUGAGUCAAGGCAGCCGUGAUGAAUAUGAAACUGGCACUCAAAGUGUGAGUAGCUUCAGCAGUCCCAGCCAUGUUCAUGAAUCAGUCAUGCUAAGUCCCCUUCCUCAAGCUCAUGGUUUGAGACACUUUGUUGCCACUAAUUCAGCACCAGCCGGUGUGGUUCCUGAUCGACCUUUAACCUCAAGAACCGUUUUCCCGAGUAAUAGUCCUCCAGUGUUGCACACUUCAUCAGGGUUCGAUGAAAAUAUCAUGCAAAAGAGUAGCACUAUGGAUCCAUUACUACUCUCUGCUCCUGCUCCUGCUCCUGCUCCUGCUCCUGCUGUUCCUGCUCCGGCUCCGGCUCCGGCUCCGGCUCCGGCUCCUGCUCCUGCUCUGGCUGCGGGUCUGGGUCCAACUGCUUCUCUCCUCAGAGAUGUUAAAAGGACAUCUGUUGUUUGGGACCAAGAAGCUGGAAGGUACAUCUCUGUUCCAGUGUCAGCUUCAGAAUCCCGGAGAAAAUCAUCUUUACAAGCAGGAGUAUCAAACCCAAAUACUGCGCUAAGUAAUAUUGAUAAGAGACCUGCAGUUCUACCUCGGGAGUCUUUGCAGCUGCCUGCUAUAAAGCCUCCUGUCCGGCAGUCGGAGAAGCUAAUGUACACCGGGGAGUCCAUCUUCUUUGGCGGCCCACUUUUGACCGCUCCAAUUAGAGAUGGUUUGAAGACUGAGACAGGCCCAAGUUCGAGAGAUGGCCAAGAUAGGUUGCCUUUAAGUUUGCCACGAGAAACAAGAUUCAAGAGGGACUCUACCUCGAACCAGCUUCCAGUCUUUGUUCUUGGGGAUUUUGAACCGAAUCAUCCAUCUGGGUCAGGUCUGAAGUAGUUUAUCUUAAUCUCCUGCUGUUCAUUCUCCAAUAUAUCAGUGUGAAAUUGGAGAGUAACUAUGGAGCAGCUUUUGAACCCUCUGGAACUUUUCCCAAUCAAUUGCAGCUUGUGAUGCAACUGAGUGACUAGGUUCCGGCAUCUUUUUCUUGGUGGAAACUUUCCCAUCAAUUUUGCAUUAACACGAAAGUAGUCGUAAUCAGAGAUGAUGUCCGAGAGAUCUACUCCACUUUCCGGGUAUAACCUAAAUUAAUCUCUUCUAUGCAUGAGCGAGCUCCAUUCGUAUUCCUAGAAGACUACCAUUCUAUCAGAUUUGGUUGCAAGUUUGAUAAUUUCUUCCCGUUAAUAUAUUGCUGAGUUUGCUUGUUUA